AUGCGUGGUAAACGAGACACUAGCGCAUCUUACCCACGGAAUACCACCCGCUCGUUUUAUUCUCCGUCUCUAUUUUUCUCUCUUUCCUUCUCCUCUUUAUUGUUUUCCCUAACAAACUUUAUCUUACGACGGCCCUACCUUUCGCCUCCAUCUUUUCUUUCUGCAAAAUCCCACUGGCAAUGUAAACUUCUUUUCUCCCUGUUUCACUAUAUACUGGCCGCCAAUUACAUCUGGAUCUUUAUUGAGGGCCUCUACCUCCACAACCUCAUCACAGUUGCAUUGUUUUCAAAGAAAAGCGGAGUACGACCUUAUAUAAUCGGAGGAUGGGGAUUCCCUUUCACUUUUGUGCUUCCUUGGGUCAUUGUGAGACUGUUACUCGAAGACACCUUAUGCUGGAACACACAUUCCAAUAAAGCUUAUUUCUGGAUCAUGAGAGGACCAAUAAUGGCGACGGUUAUUGUUAAUUUUAUUUUCUUCGUCAACAUCAUUCGGAUUUUGUUCACCAAAUUGAGUAUGAACCGGCCUCAGAGAGCCAGAAACUUCCGCUACAGGCGUUUAGCCAAGUCAACACUUGUCCUCAUUCCUCUGUUUGGUGUUCACUAUAUGGUCUUCCUCGGCCUUCCAGAUGACAUUGGAGAAGUAGCAGAGUUGGUCAAACUAUAUUUUGAAAUGCUGCUUAAUUCUUUCCAGGGAUUUUUUGUUGCAAUUCUAUUUUGUUACAUGAACGCAGAGGUCCAAUCGGAAUUGCAAAAAGUAUGGUUGCGCAGAAAACGAGGUCGGAUGGAUUCAGCUACUCUACCCCGAACGCAUUGGCAGACGGUGAUGACGUCAUCGAUUAUGCGUCACUGCAGUUCCCUUCGAUUGAUGAAUUCAACGUCGAUAAACGAGAAACGCGCACAGCAGGCAUUCUGCUUACAGAACAAACCACAGUCGCUGUCUUCGACCAACAGAGACCCCAAACAAACUCCUUCCAUACCCAACAAUCUGCUCAACACAAAUGGUAAAGUGACCGUCACGAAACUAACUCCGACUGCAUCAGUGUCGAAAUUAACAACGUUUCCCAUCGUUACAACAACAACUGUCCAUGCAAAGACUGCUGGGAAAAAACACAAUCGCGAAAGUCCGGUUUGA